AUGGUCGACCGUGCGAACCGCCCAUCAGCGCUGAACGCGCCCACCGCGUCCGCACCCGGCCCCCAGGUCGACAUCGUCGGAGAGGGUGGCAGCCAGAAGGUCGUCGCGAGACUGCCGUCUGGUGAGAGCGUCGAGGUGCUGCUCUUUGGAGCCACUGUUACUAGCUGGAAGAGCAGCGGCGGAAAGACAGAGAACCUCUGGUUGAGCGACGCGGCUGAUCUGACUGGCAAGAAGCCCGUACGCGGUGGCAUCCCCGUCGUAUUCCCCGUCUUCGGUCCUCCUCCUAAGGAGGGACACGCCACUUCGUCGCUGCCACAACACGGUUUCGCGCGUGGAUCGCGCUGGGAGUACAUGGGCAAGUCGACUGCAGAGGAUGCUCUCGACUCCAACUCGGUCAAGCUCGACUUUGGCCUCGACCGCCAGUCGCUCAGCGAAGAGUCGCGCAAGGCGUGGCCGCUGGACUUCGGCCUCGUAUACAGCGUCACACUGAGCAAGGACAGCCUACAGGCCGUUCUCACUGUCCGCAACGAGGGCGAGGAGAGCUUCGAGUUCCAGUUCCUGCUCCACACCUAUUUCAGGAUUCAGGACGUGUCCAAGAUCGCCAUCACCGGCCUGUCUGGCACCGAGUACGUCGACAAGGUCCUCAACGCCUCUACCCACACCCAGAGCGACAACCAGCUCAAGAUCACUGGCGAGACAGAUCGCGUCUACAAGGAUAUCAAGCAGGACACCACAUCGAUCACCGAAGACGGCAAGCCUCGCUUUGACGUCAUCCGCGACAACGUCAAGGACACCGUGACGUGGAACCCGUGGAUCGAGAAGGCCAAGGCCAUGGGCGACUUCUCACCCGACGACGGCUACAAGAACAUGGUCUGCGUCGAGAUUGGUGCCGUGGACGGCUGGCAGAGGCUGGAGAAGGGCGAGGUCUGGGAGGGUGGCAUGUUGGUCAAGAGCCAUUUGCGUCAUGGUUCUGCUGUUGUCGUCUACGACCAGCGCUCGAAACAACUUUCCCUCCGCGAUGCCUCCCACGCGACUGAUAUUGGCUCUACGUCAUGUCCAUACUGUCACCGAUCCUACCGCGAACCAUCACCCCAUGACGAACACGACAGCGACGCGGAGGAACAUACUGCGCCUGGCAUACCCACCGAAAAUGGCUUCGUCAAUCCCGCAUACUUCCAAAUGCUGCGCCGGAGUCAGCCAGGAUCAACAGAGGGAUCGCGACCCUCAUCACCACAUAAACAACUCGCGCCUGCCCCUUUGCGCAUGGGUAGCUUCAGUCCGCCAGAAGGUUCUGAGUUUGUGGGAAGCACACCGAUCCAGCCAGCUAGAAGCCAGGGUAUAUCUGCCAGAGCCUUCAGUCCCAACUACUUCAAGGACUUCUUCAUAGAAGAGCGGGAGCUGGGCAGAGGAGGCAAGGGUGUGGUGUUGCUGGUGCAGCAUAUCCUAGACGGCGUGCAACUCGGCAAGUUCGCAUGCAAGCGCGUGCCAGUCGGCGACGAUCACGAAUGGCUGGAAAAGGUCUUGAUCGAAGUGCAACUGCUCCAGACCCUGUCGCACGAGAACUUAGUAUCAUACCGGCAUGUAUGGCUGGAGGACUACCAGAUAUCUAGUUUCGGUCCAAGCGUACCAUGCGCGUUCAUACUGCAACAGUACUGCAACGCCGGCGAUCUCCACGAUUAUAUUCUAGACUCUAUGAAGACGUCUGUUACCAAGGAGCAGAUGAAAGAGCGACUUAGGAGGAGGUCCAAGGGCCAGCUGGAAGACCCAGAGGACGUGCAUGGACCGCGUCGCAUGCACUUUGAAGAGAUCAUAUCAUUCUUCAAGGACAUCACAUCCGGCUUGAGUCACCUUCACGCCAACGGGUACAUACAUCGAGACCUGAAGCCUAGUAACUGCUUGCUCCAUCGUACUGGCCGCAAGAUCAAAGUUCUAGUUAGCGAUUUCGGUGAAGUGCAGUCCGCGAAUGCAGCGAGAAAUUCGACAGGAGCAACUGGAACUAUCUCAUACUGUGCACCCGAAGUGCUUCGUCAAGAGCGACCUGGAGGUGCUUUUGGCAACUUCACAACCAAGUCUGACAUCUUCUCGCUCGGCAUGAUCGUCUACUUCAUGUGUUUUGCACGACUGCCAUACCGAAACGCGGACGGUAUCGACGAGGACAACGAGGACCUAGAUCAGCUGAGGGCGGAGAUCUCGACUUGGGCUGGUAUCGACGACGAACAGCGGGUUCGCUCAGACUUGCCUGAAAAGCUAUACAGAUCGCUGAAGACGCUCCUCGCUAUCAACCCCGAUGAACGCCCAGGUGCAGAGGAAAUACUGAAUGUCCUGAAAUCACCACUGGUAUUCGACGAGUACAACGCAUAUGCAGGCCCAUCGGGUCUAGACGAGUUUAGUCCUCGCAUAUCGCGAGCCGACACGCCCAGCCCGUCACCUAACCAAGGGAACAAAAAGCGUACUUCGAUCAACUAUACACGGCCAGGUCGAUCCCACCUAAGCGCAACUGUCAUGGACCGAUCGCCUAGUCCGCCACGUCCGCAGCCGAUGAGGAGGCAGUCUUCUGAGGACGGGGCGGUGAUCUUGCGGAGGAAAUUGGAGUUCCCGCCGCCCCCUUCUGGAGGGAGAACGCCAUCACCACAGCGUCUCAUGCUUCCUCCACCGCCACCUGCGAGUGCAUCAUCAAAACUGAAUAUCACCUCGCCAUCUCCACCACCAAGCGACUCGAAUCCCACGCAGCGCUCGGGCUUCGGCACCAACACGUCUCAGUUCUUUGACGACCCGGACAUUCUCAUGUCCACACAGCACAACAUUGGCGAAGACACCAACACACUCCCAGCAUACCCGCAUAUUCGGUCAACAGCCAAGAAAAUGAACACUUGGGCACCGUUCCGCUCCCAGCAGGUCCAGCCGGACACGUCCAUGGUAAACAAGGAGUUCGGCGACUUUGACCACAGCAUAUCAGACGAGGAAAGCAUGGCCGUCGAGCAGGCGCGCGGUAACCGCAACAACCGCGGUACACCCAGCAAGAUGAGCUCUCAGUUUAACAGCCUUUACGACAUCACACCCCCCACCAACCGAUCGCGCAAGUCAUACCAAGCAGAGACUGGUAGCCUUCGACGCGACGCGGCGAUCCGACGCGCCUCGCGCAACGACCUCGAUACUGCAUCACCGCGUCCUGCAAGCAAGCGCAACUCCCCCGCCCUCUCUACAAAGGAAGAUCGCAAGCGUACUUCUCUCGCACAGCUGCACGCGAAGCUCUCGGAAGACGAGUCAUCGUUUAUGGAGCACCGACCACCAACACUGACCAUGGACUCGGCCAAGAACACGCGCUGGGGCAACCGGAGCCGACAGACCUCCCUCCAAACUGACGGCAACGUCGACCAGCCGCAAUCAAAAGCUACAUCCCGCUCCAGGCCGACCACAGCACAGAACGCGACUGCGCAGUCUUUUAUUCUGCCCGACAUCCCCAACCUCACCGAGCUUGUCUCCGGCGUCUUCGACGAUGGCACACCAGUCUUUUCCAAGACCGCACCCUCAAGAUCGCGCUUCGCUGCUCCUCCAUACGGCGGCCGCCGACCAUCGCACAUUCCCAUCGACGGCGCGCCCAUCCCCGACGAAGAGAAGGCCAUCUUCGCUGCCCUCCAGCAACUACAGGAGAAGAUUGCAGACAUGGAGCGUGAGCGUGAGGAGAAGGACAAGAAGAUGGAUGAGCAGGAAUUGGAGCUGAUCGAGCUGAGGGCGACCACACAAGCUCAAGAGAAGCUGCGACGAAGCGACAGCGCGCAGGACUCUGAUGCUGGCGGAAAGAGCGGCUGGAAGGUCGAGAAGACGCGCCUUGACGCGACAGUACAGACCCUCCGAACCAAGCUCGAUCGCGCCGACCGCAAAUUCGCUGUACUUGAAAUCGAGAAGAAGCGCCUAAGCACCGAGCGCGACAACAUGGCGAACCAGCUUGGGGUCGCCUUCCAGACCUGCGAAGAACUUAAGACCGAGAAGAACGCUUUGAGCCACGAGAACGAGCAGCUCCGCCAGGAGAUUGACAACCUUCGGGAACAACUCGAACAAGACCAGUCACACCACCGCGAGGAGACAACUCAACUUCGUCAGCAGUUCGACCAAGCCGCGAAUGCGACCCAGAGGGAGAACGCCAACCUACAUGCCGAGUUGGCUCGCGUACGCGCUCAACAGGACGAGAACACCCAGCAGUUGACUCGUAGGGAUAUGGAACUGCGAAAGGCGCGUCAAGAGCAUGCUGAGUAUGCCCGUUUGAAGUCCGACCACGAGUCGCUCAAGGCUCAAUUGGCAGAAUUCAAGGCGAAGCGCGAAGAGGAGGCUCAGCGCUGGUCUCGACAAGAAGCUUCCUUGCGAGCUCAGGUUGGCCGACGCGACGACACCAUUCGACACUUCGAGGAUAUGACACAGGAACGUACCAAUGAAGCCAUGCGUCUGGACAAUGAGAAUCUUCGAAACGAGCUUCGCGAAUUGCAAGCCCAGCAAGAUGAGGAGAACGAGGAGUGGGCCAGGAAGGAGGCAGCAUUGCAGCGAAAGAUUUGCCAGCGUGAGAAUGCUCGAAAGGCUAGCGACAUCGAGCAGCACUUUGAAGAUACCACCGGUCCUGUUUCGAGAACUCGGGAUACAGAGCACAUCUUUGAAGAUACUCUGCAACGCAAGCCUAGCUAUCGCCGCGAAGACACACGUACGCGCAUCAGGAACCGUGUUCAGCAGGAAGUCCGCAACAGCAAGGUCGCUGGAGUACCAACCCAAGAGAGCCCGCGAAAGUCGUUCACCGGACAUUCGCGAUUCUCAACCCGCAGUGUGUCAGCACCUGUUCCCGCAGACAAGCAUACCCGCGCCGAGAGUGAUGUGGAGUCGACAACGGAUCUGUCUCUUGCACCUCGCGCAACUCUUCGCAUCUCACGAAACCCCACUCUAACGAGGCAGACCACGACUGUUCAGCCUCCCGCUGACCUGAGUCUGACAGAGCUGAGCUUCUUCCCCCAGGAAGAGAUUGCUAGGCUUCGAAGAUCUUUGGAAGAACAGCGAGCUACCGAGCGCCAUGGUGCUUCAUCUGCUAGAACCGAGGAGCCAGUCCGCGAGGACACUGUUCGAUCGCAGCGCCAGACUCGUGAAGACACCGUCAGGUCAGUCGCUUCCGCUAAGAGCGAACGACGACCCUCCCUUAUGCGCAAAUCAUCGCUCAAGGACACCACUCAGCGUACUACCAACACCCACUUCGAGGAAGACACUGGGAACUUGUCGAACAUGGAUGCCGACGCUGAAGCCACCCAAACAAAGCAGUCAGCCGUCGAUGCGUCGAUGCUCAGCAACACCAGUCGCAGACGCCGCAGCGCUCCCACCGAAAUGACAUCCGCCUUCAUCCUCCCCGACAUCAAGCUCAGCAACACAAAUCAAACCACCACCUCCCGCAAACCCAUCACCAAAGACCACGACAACGACAACUGCACCGUCUGCCGCCGCGAAGGCUACACCACCGCCACCGGCCCCCUCCGCGUCCCCAAACUCGUCUCUGUAUCCACGCGCACAGCCGACGAACCCGACGCCACCCUCCGCCCCGCACAAUCCCCCCGCGAAGCCCUCGCCCUCGUCGUCAAAGGUUUAAAAGACGAGCGCGUCCACCUCUGGGCCGAGCUCGCUGUCCAGGGCGCCCUCCUCGAGCAACACGACCCCAGCCUGGGUAAGCGCCGUCGCGACGCCCUCAACGCCUCGAUCCAAGACCUUCACCGCCGUCUCGAAUGGCUCGACAUGCAGAUCUACCGUCUCCACGACGUACUCGAAGGCCAAAAAGCUGAUGAGCUCACCGAAGCGGAAUUCGACGACCUUACACAAGAGGUUCUUGUCCAGCAGUCUGAACAAGAAGAGCAAGACGACGGUAACACGGAGAAAUCGGUAACUACUGGUGGAAAGAAGAAGGCGAAGAAAGUUACUAUUCGCAGUUUUGUGGAUGAGGAUGAGGAUGAGAGUGUGGAGCUGAGGCGGAGCACGGCGCAACAGGAUCACGGGGCGGAGGAGAGUGGGGAUGAGACGCAUGAACUUCCUUGGGAAGGGUUUGGUGAGGAGAGUAUGGAGGGGGAUGUUAGUUUUAAUGCGUUGGAGGGGUGGAGGGCGAGCGUGCACUGA